AGUUACGACAUUUUGACCGGAAGCAACAACGGGAGCUCGCAGGUUGUGAAGGUAGGCGCGUAGGUUUUUUCCUUCGGUUCCAUCGGACCGUUCGCGUGAGGUAGAGCUUUUCGGCUUCACUGGUUUGCCUGAGUUCGUGAUUAAAGAGAAGUGCCUUUUUAUCAAAAUUCACAACUUGGGUUGUAGCAGAUGAAUCCUCUGACAUUGGUUAAGCGCAUCCAGAAGAUUAAUUCCACUGAGGCAACGCUUGGGAUAUCAGAGGAUGCCUCGUGGCAUGCCAAGUACAAGGACUCAGCUUAUGUAUUCGUCGGUGGCAUCCCAUAUGAUCUCACGGAAGGGGAUCUUCUUGCUAUUUUUGCUCAGUAUGGAGAAGUUGUGGAUGUUAAUCUUGUUAGGGAUAAAGCCUCUGGAAAAUCCAAGGGUUUUGCCUUCCUUGCUUAUGAAGAUCAAAGGAGCACAAUUCUAGCUGUAGAUAACUUGAAUGGUGCUAAGGUUCUUGGUCGAAUUAUAAGGGUUGAUCAUGUUAACAGUUAUAAGAGAAAAGAAGAAGAAGAUGAGGAAACAGAGAGAGAGAAGAGAGAUGCCCAUGGAAUUUGCCGUUCUUUUCAAAGGGGCGAGUGUAAUCGUGGAUCUUCUUGUAAAUUUUCUCACGAUGAACAACUAUGUGCUAACACUGGUUGGGGCGCUAAAGGUAGUGACAGAUGGGGCCAUGACAAGUAUGCUGCUCCUCCAAAGAGCCACCUAAAUUCAACAAAUGAUAAAUUCAAAGUGGAUGAAUACAAACUUCGAUCUCGUGGCAAAGACGGGAGACAUUUUGAUGCAGGGCACAAGAUGAUAUGACCCCACUGACACUUCACAUGAUAUGCACCAAUCUCAAGCCUUGCAUGCAUCAGCAUAAAGUAUAUUUUAAUGUAUUUAUAUAUCUAGAUUUAAAUAUUUAUAUUUAUAUGUGUUAUAUUCAAAAUGUAAACAUCACAUUAAAAAUAUUAUUAAACCCACCGCUGCUUGUCCGGGUGGUGAAGAGACGGCUGGGCAAAGCCUAGGUCCCUGAUUCGAAUC